UUGGUAAAAAAACUAUGCAAAAUUUGUAAACGUAAAGCAACUGGUCGUCAUUAUGGAGUAGAAAGCUGUGAGGCAUGUAAGUGCUUUUUCCGAAGAGUGGCCAAAUCUCGCGUGAAAUAUUAUUGCCAGAAUGGCGGAAGUUGUAAAAUUGAUCUUGAUAAAAGGAGCAGUUGUCAAGCCUGCCGCUUCAACUUGUGUAUUGACGCUGGAAUGACUUUUUUACGUAAGUGA